UUCAGCAGCUGAGGAACUCUGCAAAGCCCGCUCCAAACUUCUCAGCUGUUGACAGGCUUGACUUGCUGAGAACACUGGUUAAAUAUAGCACAAGAGAGCUGAGCUCAACAAAGUCAUUGCUGUAACACUGUGUGAAGAGACCAGAAGAGGGGAAAUACAAUCUGAGAACUAAACUGCCAAAGCCUAACACCACCUAGCAACAGUUGAAAAAACUUUUAAACAAAAGUGUGGGUGAGACACAGACGGAGUAUACCUCCUACUUCUCCUGCCUGGGAUUUCUGCGAGAAGCAGCUCCGGUCUUCUGUUCUCUACCCCAUUUCCUUCAUUACUUCAGCUGCUGGUAGACCUAGAAAAGUGGGAAAAGUUUCUCUCUGCUGUAUUCUCCUGGGCUGGAUCAGGCUACCACUGUGGUAGUACUGUGGGACGAGCUACUGCGAUCUUGCGGUCUAAAGGAUAUAUUCCUAGGUUCGUGUUGCUGACAGGGAGCAGCAGGGACCCCAGUCAGCCUCAGGUGGGAGCAGCAGAGCGAUGGUACAGGGACACCUCCAUCCUCGACUGCCUCCUCCCCCUCUCUGGACCUAGAUUCUAGCGAAGCCGCUGCUUUGGAAGCAUCCCUUGACACAGGUAGGGAUGAGAUCCCGAAACCAAGGUGGAGAAAGCUCGUCUAACGGGCACUUCUCCAGUUCCAAGCCUGUCAUCAGCCAUGCAGAGAAUGAAAAACUUCAGGAGGAUGCCAAGAAAAAGAACAAACCUCAUCGGAAGGAAGAUGAGGUCAUGGUUUCAGCAACUGUCAAACGGCACUCAAAAUCAUCUGGACCUACUGAACGAAAGAACAAGAAGUCCAUAGAGCUUUCUAAAGAGGACUUGAUAAAACUCCUCAGUAUAAUGGAAGGAGAACUACAGGCAAGGGAGGAUGUGAUCCACAUGCUGAAGACAGAGAAAACCAAACCUGAAGUUUUAGAAGCUCAUUAUGGGUCUGCAGCUCCAGAGAACGUGCUCCGAGUGCUACACAGGGAUGCCAUCCUUGCCCAAGAAAAGUCUAUAGGGGAAGACGUCUAUGAAAAACCAAUUUCAGAGCUGGACAGACUUGAAGAAAAGCAGAAAGAGACAUAUCGGCGCAUGCUGGAACAGCUCCUGUUGGCAGAAAAGUGCCAUCGCCGCACAGUUUAUGAGCUAGAAAACGAGAAACAUAAACAUACAGAUUACAUGAACAAGAGCGAUGACUUUACCAACCUCUUGGAACAGGAGCGGGAGAGGUUGAAGAAACUUCUUGAGCAGGAGAAGAUCUAUCAAGCCCGGAAGGAGAAGGAACAUACAAAGAGACUCAAUAAACUAAGAGAAGAACUAGUCAAGCUCAAAUCAUUUGCACUCAUGCUGGUGGAUGAAAGACAAAUGCAUAUUGAACAACUUGGUCAACAAAGCCAGAAAAUACAGGACUUAAAUCAAAAACUAAAGGAAGAAGAAGAAAAGCUCAAAAUUAUUAGUGCAAAAACAAAAGAAGAUGGACAAAAACUGAUGAAGUUAGAGGCAGAACUUGAACACAAAACAUCAUCCUUUUCUCAAGAACAUGAGGAGAUGACUGCUAAACUCGCUAAUCAAGAGUCACAUAAUAGACAGUUAAGGCUUAAGCUCGUGGGGUUGACUCGCAGAAUAGAGGAGCUAGAAGAAACUAACAAAAAUCUUCAAAAAGCUGAGGAGGAACUUCAAGAACUAAGAGAUAAAAUAGCAAAAGGGGAAUGCGGGAACUCUAGCUUAAUGGCAGAAGUGGAAAACCUCCGCAAGCGUGUGCUUGAAAUGGAAGGGAAGGAUGAAGAAAUCACAAAAACUGAAUCCCAGUGUAAAGAGCUGAAAAAUAAACUGCAAGAGGAAGAGCACCACUGCAAAGAGUUGAAACUUGAAGUGGAAAAAUUGCAGAAAAGAAUGUCGGAACUGGAGAAACUGGAAGAGGCUUUCAGUAAAAGUAAGUCUGAAUGCACCCAGCUACACUUAAACUUGGAGAAAGAAAAGAAUUUGACUAAGGAUUUGAUAAAUGAGUUGGAAGUGGUGAAGACUCGAGUGAAAGACCUUGAGGCAUCAGAGAGCAAGUUGGAAAAGGCUGAAAUGAGCUUAAAAGAUGACCUUACAAAGCUGAAGUCAUUUACCGUAAUGUUGGUUGAUGAACGAAAAAAUAUGAUGGAAAAAAUAAAACAGGAGGAAAAAAAGGUUGAGGGUCUAAAUAAGAAUUUUAAAGUUGAACAAGGGAAAGUUAUGGAUGUAACAGAGAAACUGAUAGAAGAAAGUAAGAAAUUUUUGAAACUGAAAUCCGAAAUGGAGGAAAAAGUGUCUAGUUUGACAAAGGAAAGGGAUGAGUUAAUUGGCAAACUGAGAAGCGAGGAAGAAAAAUCCUCUGAACUAAGCUGUAGAGUUGACCUGUUAAAGAAAAGAAUUGAUGGUAUAGAGGAAGUAGAAAGAGAAAUUACAAGAGGUCGAACCAGGAAAGGACCAGAGCAUGGUUGUCAUGAGGACAACAAGAUUAAAGAACUUACGGUUGAAAUUGAAAGACUGAAAAAACGUCUCAAACAAUUGGAAGUGGUUGAAGGAGAUUUGAUGAAGACAGAAGAUGAAUAUGAUCAGCUAGAGCAGAAAUUCAGGACUGAGCAGGAUAAAGCUAACUUUCUUUCUCAACAGCUGGAGGAGAUGAAGCUCCAGAUUGCCAAAACCAAAGCAAUAGAAAAAGGUGAAGCAGUGAGCCAGGAGGCAGAGUUGAGGCACAGGUUUCGUCUGGAAGAGGCCAAAAGCAGAGAUUUGAAAGCAGAAGUUCAAGCUCUUAAGGAAAAAAUCCAUGAGCUGAUGAACAAAGAAGACCAGCUUUCUCAGCUGCAAGUCGAUUAUUCGGUUCUGCAGCAAAGGUUUAUGGAAGAAGAAAAUAAAAACAAGAGCAUGGGGCAGGAAGUUCUGAACCUAACAAGAGAGCUGGAGCUUUCUAAGCGUUACAGCCGUGCUCUGAGGCCCAGCAUAAAUGGACGAAGAAUGGUUGAUGUUCCCGUGACAUCCACUGGCGUGCAAACAGAUGCUGUAAGCAGCGAAGCAGCAGAAGAAGAAACUCCAGCAGUGUUUAUAAGGAAAUCCUUCCAGGAAGAGAAUCACAUCAUGAGCAAUCUGCGACAGGUAGGUCUGAAAAAACCCAUGGAGCGUUCUUCAGUGCUCGAGAGAUAUCCUCCAGCCGCGAAUGAACUUGCAAUGAGGAAAUCUUGGAUACCGUGGAUGAGAAAGAGGGAAACUGGGGGUCAGGCAACUCCUGAUAAAGGAGCCCGAACGCACAGUAGUCCAGCGCAUCCUGGAGAGGUUGUCCUUUCACCAAAGCAGGGUCAACCUCUUCAUAUUCGGGUGACACCAGACCACGAGAACAGCACAGCUACUUUAGAGAUAACCAGUCCAACCUCAGAGGAAUUUUUUUCAAGUACCACUGUCAUUCCUACUUUGGGAAAUCAGAAGCCACGAAUAACCAUCAUUCCCUCUCCAAACGUUAUGCCCCAAAAAGGGAAAGGAAGUGAAGGUCCCAUGGGCCCAGAUCGUUCUAUGUCUCCAGUCACUAUAACAACAUUCUCCAGGGAAAAGUCCCCAGAGGGAGGGAGAGCACCCUUUGCCGACAGACCUGCAUCGCCCAUUCAGAUUAUGACAGUAUCGACAUCCGCAGCACCAGCAGAAAUCUCUGUCUCUCCGCAGUCACAAGAUAUGACCAUGGGAAGGGCUGUCUUCAAAGUAACACCGGAAAAACAAACCGUCCCAACUCCAAUCCGCAAGUACAAUGCCAACGCCAACAUUAUUACAACAGAAGACAACAAAAUCCACAUCCACUUAGGUUCCCAGUUUAAACGUUCUCCCAGUGCUGCACCUGAUGGCGCGAGUCCUGUGAUAACAGUCAGACCGGUGAACAUAGCAGCAGAGAAAGAAGUUGUGACCGGUACCGUCCUUCGAUCACCCCGGAACAACCUGUCCUCGCGACCUGCAGCAAGCAAGGUGACAAGUACUAUCACUAUAACGCCUGUUACAACGUCUUCCACACGAGGAACUCAGUCAGUGACAGGACAGGAUGGGUCAUCCCCGAGACCUGCACCCACCCGCAUUCCUGUGUCAAAAGGUAUGAAAGCAGGAAAGCCAGUAGUGGCAGCCCCAGGAGCAGGAAAUGUGACAAAAUUCGAGCCUCGUGCCGAGACUCAGUCUAUGAAAAUAGAACUGAAGAAAUCUUCAGCCAGCAGCUCUGCCUCCCUGGGCGGGGGUCAGGGCUGAUGGCGGUGGCUCAGGGGGUAUGUUCUGCAGGUUUUACUGCUACCAUGGAAGUCAGACCCCUGUCUGUGUAGUUGCUCACAUUUGCCUGUACUAAUGGAGUCCUGCAGCUGUCACUUACAACAAACUAAUAAGUGUGUGCACUGACUACUGAAGUAACAACAUCCUUUUGUUUUCUUACUGAAGUUAAAAAAAAGAGCCAUUGAAAAGCAGUUGUAUGCCAGGAAGAUUUUCAGCCUAGGAAGUGAGAAUGGGGCAACUGCACUAGGUUAUUAAUCUAGCCCAGGAUUUCUUAAUGAUAGACUUUGUCACUUUUUAAUAGAUCAAAGGAAGUUUGGUCACUUUUACUAGAUUGUCUUCCACCUUAACAGAUCACUUCCCACCUUCGCUACUGCAUGGGGCACUUUCCUUCCUGCCUGUGAUCACAUCUUUUGAGGUGCCACGUCGCCUAGGGAAGCAAUGCCAGGAGACAGCCCACUUGAGGUCCUAUUUUAACAAAAACUAGUACCUCAGGUACGGGAGGGAGGGGAAGAGAAAAAGGAUGGGCACCCUGUGGCCAGCCUUCUCUCUGGGAGUCUCCCAUCCACAUCAGCAUUUCUCAGUGAUGAGCUGCUUUCUCAAGGUGGUUACAAAAUUCAAGGGGGUAGGGAAGUUGCACAACGUUCAGCAGCAGUGGAGCUAAGCAGCAGCUUAUUUCUUCCAGAGGGGGUUAACACCUGUAGACAGUACUUACAGCCGGGUCCCUGACUUAGACACACCAGGAUACUGCCAGCUUGGGUCAGAUGAAGGCAAAUGAGACAAAAGGCGUUUAGUCCUUAAAAAAAGCUUGAGAAACAUUGAUCUGCCUGAAAUCAAUACAUUCCAUUUGUGCCUGCUCCAAAGACCGCUAAAGGCUAUGAAGUAAAUCACUCCAUUGACUUCACUAGGUUUUCAGUUUUCCUGAUUGGAUGGACUUGUGCUAUAUUUAAACCUUAGUUGCCAAGCAUCCUUAUGUCUUAGAGGGGAAGCAAACACAGACAGCCGCUGGCAGAAAUUGCUAUCUAAAGGCACAGCUCAGGUACAGACAGUGAAAGAGAGAGGGUUUGGUAUGGAAGUUACUCUCAAUUCUCUGUUGUUUGAAAUAUUUUGUCUUAAAGGCAGACUGCCUCACAAUACCAUGGCGAUCCAUCAUUUUUCCUUCCCUCUUUGUCAUUUCCUCAUUUACAUGUUUGCAUUUUUAAGCAUGUUUUAAGGAAUUGUUCCAGCAUGGAAAUGGUGUGGAUGCUGAUGAUUGUUAUGAUUGUUUAUUUAAUAACAGUAAAGUUAUUAAAGGGCAUUGCCAUUAAGUGAUCAAUUUCCACAGAAGAAAGUCAAAACCAAAAGAAAUGGAGCCAAGCAGACUGAUAAAUGAGGGUUUUAAAGCUUGUAUAAUACCUUAACCACCACAACAAGCUGUAAAGGACCCAGUGGUUAGCAAUGGCUUUCAGAUGGCAAGACAGGAAGACCACCAAUAAAUAAUAAAUACAAUUCACAGAAAAGAAAAUGCACCAGUGGCUAAAAUAUUAAAUGGCUUUAUGUCUGGGAGAAGAGAUUUCAUGGAAGAAUCUGCCACAGAAGGUCAACAAAAUUAUAUUCAGUCCAAGCACUGUUUAGUCUUCAGUCUGUACCUUGCAUUGCUCUCCAGUUUAAGAUCCAGAUACAGCCAUUAUCCCAGCAUAAAGUUGGCAUUUUAUUAUUCACGUGAAGGGCAUUUUGUCUGUGGUGUAAAAGCUGCUGUCACAUCAGAAAAGAAGUCAGUUUCAAUUUUUACACGUGUAGCACCUGCAAUACCUGAUAAUUUUAAGGUUCUGGGUUUUAUGACAUCUGAAAAUCAAAUUUGUAUUAGUAGCAUUUUUCAUAACGCUCAAUUCCCAAUAUUUCAGAUAAAACUUGGAAACGAAUUAGCAAGCAAUGUGAGUUACUAUGCCGGAAAUACAUCAGAUCCUCUCAACUAACUGUUAUCACUUAAAAGCCUCAAUUUGUCAAUAAAUUGUUGCCGAGAUCUUACUGUUCUUAUUGUAACAUAGACUUUUUAGCAGAUGGUUGAAGAAAACACAUUAUUAAGAGCUUUUUGCUGGAUAUUCACUCUAAACACUGGCACUGAAACAAGUCUUUAGGUCAAAACAGUCAUUUAAAUAAUAUUGCAAGCAUGAGCCCCAAGCUAAUGUGGCUCGAUACAGUGAUGAACUACAGCUGCCUUAAGCCUUCCUUUUCAGAUCCUUGUUUCAAAGAAACUUAGUUCCUUUGUUAACUGUUGCUAUAUUCAAGGCAAUAUUCUACAUGUGCCUGUGGUUGAAAAAUUUGUUUGUUUUGCUUGAGAUCUAAGAAACUAAUCCACCUGAAGAAACAAGCCAGCCUUACAGUACCUGAAAUCCAGGACACACAAAUUAGCACAACUGAACCAGAACUGCAGGCACAACCCAAGGAUUACUCUUGUAGAGUCAGUAGGAUUUGGUGAGACAGGCUUGAGAAAUUCCAGACAGGUCAGACCAAGGAUCCUGUUAUUUUUCCCAGGGGCAGCACAACAAAAAGGAACUUUUGCUCCAUAGCAGAAGCCCAGAGAGUUGGAAUCAGGCAACUGGUUUAACCAUUAGCUAAAAAUAGGUAUUUAGUUAUACUUAUCAUUUUUAACACGUUUUAAUUGACCUGAGAUUCUUGUUUCUUGAAGGUAGAAGAAGGGUAAGAUGAAGAAAAAAGAAAGCCUAUAGUUCAGAAGUCUUAAAAGUUGAAGCGUAACUAUCUUUAUUAUACAGGAAUUUCCUCUGAAUCUGAAGACAGUUAUUUUUAGUGACUACAGUAAGAUUCUCCAUUCAGUAGGUCAGCACCAGAAGGCAAUUUAGGCAACCAAGUCUAAUGACAGUGCCUAAGCCCCAGAGGCAUCCUGAAGAUCCUCCUGAAGUUCUUCCACUGCACUUCUCUAGUCAGUGUUUCGGUUAUGACUUAACUAGCACUGCAGCCUCUGAACCUAAUCGAGAUCCAUAAUCUGGGUAUUCUUGUAUUUCCUCUAAGGGCUUUAAGUCAAGCCACAAUUUCAUGGUCACUUAAAGUCAGGAUGUAACCCCUCACUGGAGUCAAAAGCUGUAGUCCUGUCUUUGUCACCUCCACUCAAGAAAGUACUCACUUCCAUGUGGAUGUCCCUUGAGCUGGCACAAAUGUUUGAACCUAACUGGGGAACCGAUCAGAACUAAAAGGAAUCUGGCAAAAAAGCAUGAAGGCUGGCUUUAACAUAGCUUAGUUCCAGGCUCUCAGGCCAGGAAAAGAAAGAAGGAAGGUGUAGGAAACCAGUGGCUGUGGAAUCAUGAAUGCCCCCGAUAGAUCAAAUACCACACAAAUUUAGGGGUAGUGCUGCUUAUUUUAAAACCUUUUGAUUGCAGACUUUCUUCAAAGGUAGGAGACGGGUCCCCCUUCUCACCAUUAUCUGAGGAGACUCAAACCCACAUCGGCUCCAGCCAGGUUCACCAAUGGCACUGACAGACAGUUGAGGGAGAAGAAGGUGCCAUUCUCAUUCCCUCAUGUAAUGACUGUGCUGUUCUGCACAGAGGGCUUCAGUGUUCACUGGGCAGAAACAAGGAGUGGUUGAGUGGUCAGGAUAUUGAACUAGGAGGAGGGAGCUCCCCCCGGAUUCUGGUCCCUGUUCCAAAGGCUGCUUUUGAGCCUGGCCUUUUGUGAAAAGGCGGCUUAUAAGAUGAAGUGUCUGUGUUCAUCCAUCCCUCCAUCUGUCCUUCAUUGAUGAAUAACAUUGAACACCAAUUUCAACCAAAUCUGACAAAGCAAUAGGAGUCUCCAUAGUAAGAAGUUCUUCUAUUUUAAUGAAAAGGGUGACAGAGAAGAAGAGCAAGACCUUAGCAGUGCCCCACUGUGCGGAAGAAUGUAGCAUGAGCUCACCUUCAUACAACAUCAAAGAAUGAACACAGGAGAGUGAUGUCAGAAAUACCACAAGGACAAGCUUUGUUCAGACCUCAGAUUUUACUACGGACCAAAGAAUCAAACUCUGAGACACCAAUCCAUAGGAAAAUAUUAGGGCCUUUAUUUACAGGGCUUCUUGUGUAUUCUACAUUACCGGAUUACAAUGCAGAAACCAAGCCUUCCUCUGCCCAGGUGAUCAUCUAGAAUGACUCAUCCUCAUGCUUUCUCUCUCCUACCUUUUUCUCUAUAUUGAUUUUUUUUUUAAAAUGAAGUGGAACAGUUUCAGUAGCAAAAUGCACUCAAGUCAGAAUAGUAAUGAUAGUUACAGUGCCUUAUCAGGAACUGAGGUGGCUGAGAACCAAUCUUUGUAAUUUUUGGUAGGAUUCAGUGUCAGCUGGAGAGAUGCCCUGUUCUGGCUGACUGUGUGGCCAUAUAAGCAGUUGUGAUAACUCAAGUCCAGCAGUGGGAACAUACGGCUUGGGACAGCAGUAAGGUGGAGAGGCAGAAGAGCAGGGGCAAUGCCAGCCCAUUCACGAGCAGCACACAUGGAAUGAGAAGGUGCACCCUCAGUUCUCCAGAUGAUCUCUGUGAUUUUAAAUCUGGUUCCUAGUAAGUUUUCCACUGUGCUCUAGAUUAGAUCCUAUCACCUGAAUUACUGUUACAUAUGAGUAUUGCUAAUGUAGUCAUUAGCAGAGCCAUACAUUUGAGUAAGUGUGACCGAAAAUGAGGGAGCACAGAGCUUCAGCCCUAACCCCUGAGGGAUUGCUCUCAGAUUGGUAAACAAGCUAAGUAAGUAAUAGAAGAAAAACAGAGAUUUUGAUUUAUUUUGCCCACCUUUUCUUCCUUUCAUGACACCCAUUACUGUGAUUUUCAACAAACAAGUAACACUUUGUGACUCUUCUGAAUAUGCCCAUAAAGUAUGUAUGUUACCAUAUUUAAACCUCAAACCACUUACAGCACUUAGUAAUUAGCAUCAUGUGAGUAAUCUCUAAAGUCACGUUAAUAUGUUGAUUCAUGCCAACUGGAUGCCAAGUCGAAUGUUACUGCCUGAAAUAUGCUACACAUGUUCUAAAACAUGCCCAACAUAUACAUGAGUUUUCAGAUUCUGAUCAGAAGUGGAAGAGCAUGUCUUUAAAGACAGUAAGCUACUGUCCUGCUGGGUUUCAGGUACUUGGCAUAAACUGCAACAGUCAAGGCAAUUUUCAGACUAAUUAAAUGUUCCCAUCACACAUCAGUGGCCGAUUCCAUUGAGUCGGUUUGAAACCUGUAGCUUGCUGGCAGGAGUUUCUGUGAGCUCAUCUUUCGAACUUGUUUUCAUUUCGGGGAAUGUUUUUCUCCCCUACGUCAGUGUGAGUUACCCUCUUUCCCUUAAUUUUGCUCUCUCAGGCAAAACUGUAUGCAAUGUUUCUCAUUAUAGGUGAUAACUUCACUUUGAAUCUUUCUUACUACCUACACACUGCUCUUACUUGGCUUUUUGGAAGAUGCAAUCAGGGUUAAACACUCUCAGAUGCAGAGCUAUCAGCUCUGAGAGUCAAGUACCAAUCACUCAGGUAUGAAUGGUUCCUCACUUUAAAAACUCUUCAACAGGAUUUUAAAAAUAGAAAUACUGAUGUAUGAUUCUUUGCAGUCGUGUGUUGUCUGUGGUACAAACAUUUUUGUAUUAUCUGGUGUUAUUUGUUUGUAUAUAUUGUAAGAAAAAAUUAAACUUCAUAUGUUAAAAUGUCAGUUGAUGUGCUUCAUUACAUGAACUGGUAUUUUUGAUAGGCCAGCUGCUAAUGAUGUGUUUCCCAGAGAAGUUCUGAUUUACAUCAGUGGGACUGAAAGCAGAACUAGCAGUUUUACCUUAACUUCGUUUUCUUUUCCUGUCAUUAAAAUAGUUUUCAUAAAGUGAACUCAUAGCACCUUGAAAUAUUCACAUCUGUAACCCUAGAAAAAUGUAUGUAAUCAUAUCCUACAGAUAUGAUCAUGGUCCUACAGAGAUUAGUCCUACAGAACUCGGACAAAAUCUACCCUACUAUAAUUUUAGCUUAAUAACUGUUUGGACACCUCUUUUAGUAACUACAAUGUGUGUGUAUAAAUACAUAUAUUUAUUUAUAUAUCUAAGCAUUUUAAAGACAAAAAAAUGGUUAGAAAAACUAAGAGCAUACAUAUACACGUGUGUGAGAAAUGAAUGAACAAAUACUAGAAGUGGAAAUCGUUUGAUUUUUUUAAUUAUCCUGCUCUUCCCUGCAUAAUUGCUAUAUUUGAUCUGUACGAGGAAGACUGAUUCAGAAACCUACCGUAGUUUUGCUGUUUGUUCAGUAAUUGAGCCUUUACAAGGAGCAUGAUAUUUUUCUGCUACACAUGUAGUUUUUUAAAAUUUUGUAUCUAAAGUCCAUAUUAAUAUAUAAUACACAUAGUAAAUAUUAAGAAAAAAAAUGUUUCGUAUAGAGUUUGUGUGACUCCUGUUGAAGUAAAUGGGAGAUUUCACCAGAGGUUACAAUUUGAUAUUAAGUAAAUGCAGCUUUUUACAUCACAUUCCUCAAGAGCGUGAAGCUAGAGAACAACCCUGGUUGUAAGGUAAAUAUUUACUGCAGUUUGUGGUUCUUUCACAUUCAUUGCGUAAAUUUGGGAGAACGGGUAUACGUAUCUUGUUGAAAAUAAUUUCUUAAUGAUAAAUUAUAUGGAAAAGAAAUAUUUUCUAUUUAGGAAAUUCUAUUAUUUCAUUUGCCUUAACAUAUGUUCUUGAAUGUUGCCUUAGCCCUGCUUUUCCGAUUCACCAUGUAUGAAAAGCACCACUGGAAUCUGCCAUCUAGUGUCAAAGUUCUGGCAUUAAGAGUACAUAGAAAACGUUUUGGUUUUCUUUCCUCUUAUAAUGUAACUUAAUCAGACAUCUUGCAAAUAUUAGUUGGGAAGCAGACAAAGGCAGAAAUCAAUAAAAAUGUAAAAGGGAAUAGUGACAUGAUUAGUGUCAUUUCUUGGGUCAUGUAAAUUCUGAAAAAUCCAGACUAUUAAGAGAGGAAGGAAUCUUAAGAAAGAAAACAAAUAAUUUCAAUUAAUAAAAUGAGUAUUUCUGAAAAUGUAUUAUUGUCUGUUUGUGGUUAGCAUUGGUACAAUUAUGUUGUUUGAAAUGCAUAAAAUACACCUUUUCAGAGAGAAACGUCAUUGAUAAGCUAAAUUCUUACUUUACAAAAGUUGCCUGUAAGAGCAGCGAAUAUGGAUAGAAGAACAGAAGACCAGGUCAUUAGUAUUUCAGCAGAGGAUCAGGGAUCUCCUACAUUACACACAAGGCAAAGUUAAACCCAGCCUUUCAAAGACAAUGCCAACGCUUAGUUUUGCAUGCUGUAGCUGAAAUUUAUCCCCAUUAAAGUCAGUAGCAAGAUUCAAGCAGACUUGCUGAAUAAAACCAGCAUAGGUUUCUAAACCAAACUUCAAUUAAAAAUGAGAAUUGACCUCAUAUCUCUUCCUCAUCCCCAUUUCAGAAUUGCCAGCGAGUUUAUGAUGGAUUUGCUCAGACAGGAUACAAGAGACCCAACUCCAAAUCUUCCUCUACCUGAUUCGGGUGUGGGACUGGAACCUUGGUGUUCCUGCGGUUUAAUCCAUUCAACUGUAUUAUCCUUUUUCCCUAUGGAUGGCCAAAUGAUGGUCUUGACAUUGAAGUGGAAGCCAAGGGCCUCCAAGCCCUAGACUGGUACUAAUUUAGUUUCCCUUUGUCGCAUUAACCAGGACAGUUUUUAUCAACCAGCGAUGUGAGACUAAGUCCGCGAGACAUUUCUAGAAGAAAAAUGCUUUGCAUUGCCAUUGUAAUUGUCCUCCUUUAAAGUAACUUGUAAUGUAAUUGCAGUUUCACAAACCUAAAUGUUUUGCUCUCUUUUCUUUUAGAGAGUGUCAUCAUUCACCAGUUACGCAUGAACUCUAGAUGAGUUACUGCCCCAACGAUACGCUCUCUGUGUGCACUACCCUCCUUACCAGUCGGACGGAUCACUGUAGAAGCUCUCUACCAUCAACACCAGGGUCUCUUGUGCUACUGAUUAUUCAUGGAAGUAUUUCCUUGCUUCCAUCAGAUUUUAUAUAUUUUUUUUCUUGGUAGACCUUUAAGAAUGAAGGGCCUUGCUGAUAUUUGGGAAGUACAUAGUCAGAGAGAGAGAAGCAGUCUUUCUGCCAGCUGAAUUUCACUUUUAUUUGCAAAGCCUAAGGCACGUGCUUGAUUUUGUUUGAUGAUUGCCAUAUAAUUUAUUUUUAUAAUACACUUUGUAAAGUAACUGUUCCAAAGUUGCAAUUCCUGUUGUCCACGGCGCAUUUAUUUGUAGAAUACACUGUCAAAUUCGCGAUUUGAUAUUUUUGUAAUAGAGAGUAUGUAAAGAAAGAAAAAUGUAACUUCAACAACGUUUUGUGUGUAAAUGGAAAAAUAUUCAGCACAUUUUUUUGCCAACAUGAGAUUCUGUGAGACUAAAUACUUUGAAGACUGCUGUAUGGAAUUUGUACUAUUGCAGAAUAUUUCUUGCACUGUGUGAUGGUUUGGCAUAAAUUUAAGUAUUAAAGUCCUUGAAAAACAACCAGAUUUACUCUAUUUUAAACCAUGUAAGCCAGUUUUUAAAGCUGUGAUUUUUUUUCUAUAUAAUGUAUGUUCUUACUUCUGCCUGUACCAAAAAAGCUGAUUUUCAUUACACUGUAACUAAUAAAUUUUCACAACUAUGCAAA